AUGGUUCACCAUUCCCGGCGACAAAUAGCUCACAAGGUUGACAAGAGUUUCUGGUAUCAGUUGCCAGGUGAUAAACGGGACAAGUGGUACUGCCGCCUUUGUGGGGGAGGGGGAAGGGGAAGCAAGGCCGCAAACAGACACCUACACGAGGCCACGCCCGCUCAUAAAGCUGAACUUCAGCGUCGGGCUGAGAUGGCUCAGGCCGAGGAAGCCGCGGCAGAAUCACUGGCACUUGGGCCACCUGAGAUGCGAUGGACAUCGGCACGUGAGGAGGACCCGGAGGCUGGCCCACAGAACGAGUUCGCUCCAGAAGAAUUGCAAGCCGAUUUGCAAUUUAUCGACCAGGAUGAGUGGUUCGAAAACCGACGCGCACCCACGAGUAUUGCUUCAUCGGAAUCAACUGCGAGCAGCGAAAGGGGGGGGUGGGAUGGUAUGAUUUCAGAGGACAUUCCCCAACACACAGAAGACACAUUUGAGGGGACUCGGCCGCAUGGAACCAAUAACUUAGAGUGGUGGCCCUUCCGGGCCAAGGAGUACUUAAUUAGCUCGUUGGUCAUCGGACACACCAGGACAAUCAUCUCCCGAGUGAUGUAUCAACAGGUAAGGCUAAUGUUCAGCCUGUGUGGAACGUGCCUGCCCGAUUGGACCACCGUCCGCCGUGGAAAGAAAAAUCUACGAAAGCUGCUCAAUUUCAAUGUCAUUGGAUGCCGAUCUGUACUCAACCGACCCGUCCAUUACCUCAGCCUGAAGAAUACACUUGCGUUGGAAAUAGUGAACCCAAUGGUGGAACCUCAUCUAAAAUACUACCCAGAACUCGCCGAGGGAAGGACAGUUUCACGUUUGUCUCAGUCUCGCAAGUGGCUCAAAGACCUUGGGCCCAAAACCAGAGCCCAAAUGGUACGACAUCAAGGAAGCGAUUACUAUUUACACGAGUUGGUGAAGCUGAAGUCGAGUCUUAUUGUAGUCCCAGCUUACUUCUGUGAAAUUGAUGGGGUUAUGCAUGCUCUCUGCCAAACACCCGAUAUUCAAAUCUGUUCUCACACCGGCCAGUUGAAAUUCUUGAUCAUCAAAAACCCCCCCUUCGACUCUCCGCAAUUGACCCGCAUAGUGGUUGAAGACUUUGCAACUGAUUAUCCUUCAAUGACCGUGGAAGGCGGUGGACUAAUGUCAGAUUUGUGUGGUAACCAGAUGUAUGAAACAGCCCUGGGCCUGAUCAUAAUCUUAACCACACAUGAGGUAGAACUUGGGCCGGACUGUGACAUUAUUGGACCAAUAUUCAAUCCAUGGCGUUUGAAGGCGGCCGGCCGGGUUAUUCGACAUAUGCCUAUAUGUUUGUAUGCUGAUGACACGUCUGGCAAUAGUUCAAAGAAAUGGAACAAACACAUUUCUUACUACUUUACCUUAGCCGGGCUCCCCCCUAAACACACCAACCAACAUUUUAAUUGCCAUUUCUUGUGCACCUCAAACAGCGCAGGCGCAAUGGAACUCUCGGAGGGUAUUGUUGAUGAGUUGAUGAGAUUGAUAGAGGAUGGAUGUGUAGCGCACGACAGCGGGCUGGGGGAAGAAGUGUUGGUGACCUCUAGUCUUCUCUGUUUCUUGGCCGACAGUCCAAUGCAUGCAGAGAUUAGCAGUACAGUUAUGCCUGGAAAUUCUCGGAAUCCGUGUCGUGCGUGUGAUUUGUCAGUUGGUAGUGUCAGUAUGCGGAAAACCAUGGCAUAUUUGCAAUUCUUCCUGCAGAUCAGUGCCGAUGGGUAUUGGGUGAGUUGCUUAGACUUUGCUAGAUCAAGAUUUCAUAUACACCAUUCUAAGCCACAUGUUUUCCGGACAGAUCAAGAAUGGGCCUCGUUUGUGGCUUGGAAUUAUUGCAAACUGCUAUCUGCUCUGGGACAUUGCCAAGCAGCCGAGGACGAAGACCCGGGUUGGUCUCCUUGGGGGAGAUCUUGGAAUAAAGACUCUAUCAACAAUGAGAUCAUCAUUUUUAAGUACGAAAUCGCUUCGAAGGGAGAUUCUGCCACUCCAGCCAACCGGGUGUUCUCAAAACGAAUAGAUGAGAUUGAUCAUUUUGACGGGUGUACUGACACUCUGGUCGAGGUGCUGCAUGUUGUCCUGCUUGGUGUAGUGAAGUAUAUGGUUCGAGACGUUAUGGGCCGAAUGAAACCGGCCGAAUUGGCAAACAUCGAAGGCUGGUACCGCGCUUUUAAGACCACAUCUCUAAACAUCCCAUCUCUUUCACCAUACUACAUGGCCAAGCACUCCUCCAACUUCAUCGGGAAAGAGUUCAAGACAGUCCUACAGAGCGCACCGUUUGUCCUUUUUGAUUUCAUGACCGAUGACGAACGACUUGCGUGGCGUGCACUGUGUGAACUGGCUCCUCUGGUGUUUCAAACACAGAUAGAAGAGAUGGACGUGUACCUUGCCGACCUCCGAUUUCACAUACAGAAGUUCUUGUUUUACAUCAUCCGAACAACCGCACAGUGGAUCAACAAACCAAAGUUCCACAUGCUUGUCCACUUACCUGAAUCAAUCAAAAGGUUCGGGCCAGCAAGUCUCUUUGCCACCGAGAAAUUCGAGAGCUACAACGGUGUCCUGCGAAAUGCUUCAAUUCAUUCAAAUUGCCAAAGUCCUGGGAAAGACAUUGCAAUCACGUUUGCCAACUACAAGGUUAUUCGACACCUCAUUUGCGGCGGACACUUUCAGCACCCCAAGCACCCCGGAGUUUAUGUAGCGGCCGGCUCGGCAGUAGCUCAACUAUUUGGGGAUAACCCCCUUGUCCAGAAGUCGAUGGACUACAAUCACACAGCGGUGUCAGGCCAAUGCAGCUUUACGCACCCACUCAACAUCCGCCUGCCUCCUGGGGAGAAAACUCAAAUUCCACUGCCUUUACAAUUGCAUCUGCCAGCACAACAGCUGUAUCAGGUGGCUGGGUUCCAAUUAAACGCCCAUCGCACGCUCCGCAAGGGGGUUUUUAUAUUGAUUUCAAAGACUGGUAUUACAAAGUUUGUCAAAAUUGAUGAUGUUGUGUCUACGAUCAAUGUCCAGCAUAAUUGCCACGCAGGAGGGUGUGAGGUGGUGUCAACUGGGAGGGUGAUUGUUGAACGCGAAGAAUCUGAAGAGAACAACAAAACCGUGACGCACAAGAACACUGUUCAUUAUUUGGUCAAUUCCCUAGAGAUCCCAGGGGCUAACUUGCUUCGUCAUUGGGUGGACCUCCCACAAAGGGAAGAAGACGUGAGCGAUCUCAUCCCAAUGCUCCAACAAGGCCUGGCAGUGUGGCUCAAUGUGAGGGGGGAUGAUGGCCCGGAGGAUGAGUAUUUUGACGCCCCCUUGGCGGAAGGGGCAGAUUAA